AUGCAGCAGUAUUCCGAGGCUUUGCUCGCUUCCUUACCAGAAGGUGGUAAUGAGCAAGUCCCUGUUAACGCUGCUGGUUUAGGUUGGGAGGAAAAAGGCCUCCCCUUUUCCGUGUUGGACAUGGUGGAAUUCUGGAUCAACGGGUUCGUGACAAUGUCUGGGACCCAGCGGCUUAAUUUGUCCUCCUUCGCUAAAGUGGCCUCAACUCGCGACUACAUGGAUGGACUCUGCCAGAUUGCCCCCUUUCUGUUCCGCGCUACUUUGGAGAAUGAAAAUAGAGAUCUCCGCUCCGUUAAUGAGUCCGACGCCGAAGACCCAAUACGCGCGAUGAACCGGCUUUCAAUGGUGGAUGUUCUGGCUGAAGCAGCUCCAUGA